AAAGCGGCGGCGCAUGCGCGCUGAGGCGGCUGCGGCUCGUUCGUCGCGGCGGCAGCAGCAGCUUUUCCCCUCACUCCAGUCAGGCGGAAUGUGAAGCGAGUGAGGCGGCGUCGAAGGCGGGCUUGGCUUUGGGCCCUCUCUGGCGGGAGGAGGAGGCGACGCGGGGAAGGAGAAGCAGCAGCAGCAGUAGAAGCAACGGCUCCCUUCGGAGGCUGAGGCACUUCUCGCCCGCCCGCCAUGAAGAAGUUUUCCCGCAUGCCCAAGUCUGAGGGGAGCGGAGGGAGUAAUAGCAGCGGAGGAGGAGGAGGCGGAGGAGGCCAAGGAGGAGGAGGGACCCUGGCGGCGGGCGGCGUGGUGGGAGCCGGGCCCGCGGUGGGCAGCAGCAGGGUCUUCGCCGUCGGGCGCUUCCAAGUCACGGUGGAGGAGCUGCUGGCGGAAGGUGGCUUUUCCACAGUGCUGCUAGUGCGUACACAUGGUGGAGUCCGGUGUGCGUUGAAACGAAUGUAUGUUAAUAAUGUGCCUGACCUCAAUGUCUGCAAAAGAGAAAUAACAAUAAUGAAAGAACUAUCUGGGCACAAGAAUAUUGUAGGGUAUUUGGACUGUGCUGUCAAUUCUGUUAAUGAUAAUGUGUGGGAGGUGCUCAUAUUAAUGGAAUACUGUCGUGCGGGACAGGUAGUGAAUCAAAUGAACCAGAGAUUGCAGACAGGCUUUACUGAGCCAGAAGUGCUGAGGAUAUUUUGUGAUACCUGUGAAGCUGUUGCUAGGCUGCAUCAAUGCAAAACUCCCAUUGUUCAUAGAGAUUUGAAGGUUGAGAAUAUUUUGUUGAGUGAUAGUGGAAACUAUGUCCUGUGUGAUUUUGGAAGUGCCACUAAUAAAUUCCUUAAUCCUCAGAAAGAUGGAGUCAAUGUAGUUGAAGAGGAAAUUAAAAAGUAUACUACUUUAUCAUACAGAGCUCCUGAAAUGAUUAACCUUUAUGGAGGAAAGCCAGUUACUACCAAGGCAGAUAUCUGGGCCCUUGGUUGCUUGCUAUAUAAGCUUUGUUUCUUCACACUUCCCUUUGGUGAGAGUCAGGUUGCCAUUUGCGAUGGAAGCUUUACCAUCCCAGAUAAUUCCCGUUACUCCCAUGGUAUACACUGUUUGAUAAGAUACAUGCUUGAACCAGAUCAAGAACGGAGACCCGAUAUCUUUCAAGUAUCUUAUUUUGCCUUUAAACUUGCCAAAAAGGACUGUCCAUUAUCAAACAUUAAUAACUCUCCUAUCCCUUCAGCACUUCCUGAGCCCUUGACAGCUAGCGAGGCUGCUGCCAGGAAAAGCCAAAUCAAAGCUAGAAUAACAGAUUCCAUUGGACCAACAGAAACCUCAAUAGCACCACGACAAAGACCAAAGGCCAAUACAAGCACUGCCACUUCUAGUGUUUUAGCAAUCCAGAGCUCAGCAACACCAGUCAAAGUGCCAGUUCCUGGUGAUCUCAACAAUGGGCAGAAAGGAACCUCAAAACCUGGAAGUAGCCAACAGAGCAUGAUGUCCCAGGGUGCUAAUCCACCUUCACAGCAGAACAGAGUGCUCCAACAACUACAGCAAGGUGACUGGAGACUUCAGCAGUUGCAUCACUUACAUCACCAGCAGCAACAGCAAUUACUUCAAGAUGCAUAUGUGCAACAGGUUCAGUAUCAGCAAACAAUGCAGCAACACAUGAUUCAACAGCAGCUUUUGAUGCGCUCUGUGUACCAGCAGCAACCUGCCUCAUCCCCAUAUCCCGCCAUGAUGCAGCAGUACCAACAAGCUCUUCUACAGCAACAGGUCUUUGCGAAGCAGUUGCCACCACCUAAGCAUUCCCCUGAAUUUCUUGCUUCUCCUCAGGAGUUCUCACCAGCCUUAAUCUCCCAUUCAAAGUCAUUUCCAGCUCAUGUUGGGGCAGCUCUGGACACCCAUUAUUCUACAAAUAGAUCAACUUCCUCUGAUGCAGAGUCUGUUUCCAGUUAUCAAAAACAGAACAUCAGUAACCCACCUGAUAUGUCUGGCUGGAAUCCGUUUGGAGAAGACAAUUUCUCCAAGCUAACAGAGGAGGAGCUGUUGGACAGGGAGUUUGACCUCCUGAGAUCAAACAGGCUCGAGGAGAGGAGAACAUCCUCAGAUAAGAAUGUGGAGACACAUUCUGCUCCACAGAACCAUCCUCCCGAAGAUCCCUUUGGUUCUGUACCUUUCAUUUCUCACCCAGGUUCUCCAGGAAGUGAAAUUAAUAGCUCAGCCAGCAAUAUAGAAAGCAAGAUAGAGAGUCCAACCAAACAUGAAAGGCUAAACCAGGUUGCUGAGGACUGUCAGCCUGGAAAGAAAUUGGUGGAAAGACAUACAAAAAAAGGAAGUGAUGAAUCGGAAAGUGAUUUUGAAUCGGAUCCUCCAUCUCCGAAGAGCAGUGAGGAAGAGGAGGAACAGGAGGAUGAAGAAGUUUUGCAGGGUGAGCAUGGAGAUUUUAUGGAUGACAAUUAUACCGAACCAGAGAACUUUGGCCAGCAUCCUCUUCUCAUGGAUUCUGAGGAAGAGGCAGAAGAUGAAGAUAAGCAAAGUUCUGAUUCUGAUUCUGGUCACAUUAGGCCUGUAGAGGAGGUGCCUGGUAGUAGAUACAACGAAGAAGCUGGAUGUGUUGAGACCAAGGAGCCUAUUUUACAAUGCUCUACGUUGUCUGAGAUGCCAGGUACAAUGACCAAGGUGAGUCCCAAACAAGAGUUUGAUGUCUUUGGAGCAGUUCCAUUCUUUCCUCUUCAGACUCAAGAGCCUAAACAAAAAGAUAGCCAAGAUUUCUCUCCUCAAGCUGCUUUUCCAGGUUCAGCACAUGAUCAGGAUGAGUUUGAUGUCUUCACCAAAGCCCCAUUUGGCAGGAAAAUGUCUCAGCAAGAUGAUUUGAUUUCAGGUUGUGAAAAUCAGCCUAUUCCUAUAUCUCCUAUAUCUCCUGUGGAUGUUUUUGGAUGUAUCCCAUUCCACCCUUCCUCUAUUUCAAAAAGUGACGAGAGCAAAGAGGAUCUCUUUGGGCUUAUUCCAUUUGAGGAGAUAGCAGGAAGCCAGCAGCAGCAGCAACAGAAAGCAAAGCAGCAACAACGGAAUCUGCAAAAACUCUCUUCUCGCCAGAGACGCAUGAAACAGGAUGGAUCCAAAACCAAUGGAAAGCGCCAUCACGGCACCCCAACUAGCACUAAGAAGACUUUGAAGCCCAGUUACCGUACACCAGAAAGAGUCCGAAGGCAUAAAAAGGCGGGUCGUCGGGAUUCCCAGAGCAGUAAUGAGUUCUUGACGAUCUCUGAUUCCAAGGAAAACAUUAGUAUUGCCCUGUCUGAUAACAAAGACAGAGUGAGCUCUCUGCAAACAGAGGAUGCUCUUCUCGAUCCUUUUGGAGCCAAGCCUUUCCACCCUACAGAAUUGGUGCGCUACCCUCAGCAUCAAGGACUGGGCGAUAACCGUGGGGAUCACAACACAGUCGUUUCUAGCAGACCUAGACAGGGCUCGCUGCUUGGCAGUAUUCAGUCUGGCGAUGGACUAAAACUAACAGAUGAUUUUGGGGCAGUUCCUUUUACAGAACUUGUGCCUAGUAUGGCAUCACAACAAAGCCAGCAACAGGCAGGAGAGUUAGAUCCAUUUGGAGCUGCUCCAUUUCCUUCUAAACAGUAGAUUCUUCCAGAUGUAUCUCUGAAUUAUAGACACCACCACAAUAUCCAUCUGGUUGAAAUAAGAGGAAGCUAUUUUUAAAAAUUACUACAUAAUUCAUUUUCAGUUUUUAAGUAUGGCAUACAGUAUGGCUAUAGGGUAAACGUUUUCAAUAAGAACAGUUUUUUUCCCCAAAAGAAAGGUUAUAAAUCCGUUACUGUGGCAAUUUUUUUAUUCACCCACAACCAUUAUGCCCUUCCUGUGGUGCAGUUAUACUUCAACAAAUAGAUGGGAAAACAUGUGUACCGUAAGUGGUCUGAUAGGACAAGAUCCAUCAAUGCAAACUUGAAAAAAAUGCCUAAAUAAGAAGCUCGAUGUAACCGAUUGGAACCGAUUCACACUGAUUAAUCUGAAGCUUUAUUCUCUCUUAAACAUCUUGGAGCAUCAGUUUGUUGGCUUAAGAUUGAUUCCUACAGCAUGUUUGAAGAUCUUUCUUUAUAUAUGUACGCCAGAACUCGGCUUUUUUCCAGUAAGUGCCAUUAACCUGAAACAGGGAUAUCUGUAACUCUUUUAAGAUUUCAAGAACUUGGUAGAGUACAGUACUCGAACAAAUUGGGAAUGUUGAAAGGAAAUUGCAGUACACAGCUGGAGUCACACAGUCCAUUUCAGAAGAGAGACUCAUUUAUUUGUAUGUAGUAUCUGAAAAGACAAGGGCGAACAGAAAGCAAGAAACUUGUAGCAAGUUCAGACCUGUAAAAUUUUUUUACCCAAUGUCUAGUUCAUUUAACUGGGCUUUUGUAUUGCAGAUAAACUAUGUAUGUCCUAAAAGUGGUUUUUUAACCCCCUUCCAAGAUUUCUCUCACUUAAUGUUUUUCAUUCUCUCACAAUAUUAUACUUCCAAGAGUUCGUGAAAAAUAUCUUUAGCUCUAAAAAUAUCCCUUGUAACUUGAAUUUAGGCAGUUUCAGUGAAAAGGUAUAAAACUAGAGGCUGUAUAAAAAGUAAUGCUGAUUUGAGUGUGCUACCAGUAAACUGCAUAAACCACCAAUGCCUUACAACUAGGACCACCAUGUUCUGUUAUAAACUUACCUCUGAGCCAUUUGGUGCUCUUGAGACACUGUUUUAAAGAAGUACCAACAUUAGUGCAUAAUGUUAAUGAGUGAAUGCAUAGUACAGCUCUAAAUUUUCAGCUUGAGAGAAGGUAUUUUGAAUGUCCUUGGCUGUUUGCAUCAGGUAUGGCCAUUCUAGAGAGCAGCCUGAGUUUUGGGAAGCUUGAUCUUCUGAAAUGAGAGAUCACCCUGGUGGUAACUUUAUCUAAAUUACACAAUAGGUUGUGGUUAGACUCCAGAGAAUGCCACAUGGAGAGGAAUGUAGAAUGUGUGUGCCCGUGUGUUGGAUUUCACAUCAAAAACAAAUUGGAUCUUCCUGCUUUUGCUGGAAUUGACACUCUUCCUUCUUCCUGGAGCUUAGGUUAACCUUAAAAACUUGCUUCAGAGCAGUGGUUCUCAACCUGUGGGUCCCCGGAUGUUUUGGCUUUCAACUCCCAGAAAUCCUAACAGCUGGUAAACUGGCUGGGAUUUCUGGGAGUUGUUGGCCAAAACACUUGGGGACCCAAGGUUGAGAACCACUGCUUCAGAGGGAUAGGAAGCUCCUGGUCCAAGUUUGGCACCAUGGAGGGUUGCAAUAGGUGAGAAGAAGACAAAAGUCCACAUUUUUUAUAGAUACACCAUUAUAUUUUGCAAAUUCCAAAGAUCUUGCAGAGUUCAUGCAUACUUGACGCCUGAUCCUGGGAUUUGCACAGUCAUUCAUUAUUUGGAUGAAUCUGAAUAGAAGCACUUUGUUACAUUUUAUACAAGGUACACAAAUUGGUUCUUGGGGAUGUAUCUUGGGUAUUGAUUACAUGGCUUGAAUGUGGGGGAAGAAAGGUGCCUGAAUGGGCGAAUUCCCUUGAAAGGUAACCAGAGGGCAGCUUCUGCCCUGUCAUCACAUGAAAACAAAAUAUCGAAAUAGAAACCUUUUGAUAAUUUGUAACAUGUUACUAUGAAGGAAAUUUGAAAGUAGUGAACAAUGGAUACCCCUUAAAAGGUAUUUUUAGAGAAAUGGUUGCAAUUAGGGGUUCCUUUUUUUCCAGGAGAGUAGCCUUGUAAGGGUUUGAUAUGAAAUUCUGUCUAGGGAUGUGUUUCUGGACUAGUAUGACACAGUCACUGUCAUGAUAAGUUUAAAUUCCAAAGGCAGGAAGGCAUUUCUUUUAUGGUAUUAAAUAUUUCUGAAAAGCACAGUCAGUGAAAAAUAAUUAGCUCUGUAUGUACUUCUGAAUGCCUCCUUCUUUAUUGUGCCAAAGCCUCUUAGAACGCGGUACAGAAGUUGCUAAAAAGCAUCAACAUUGCCACUGGAUACCUCUCUAUCCAAAGACUGCUUCAACCAUGACAAGAUUUUCUGCCCAGAAAGCAAUAAGGUGUAUCUUCCCAGGAUAUGAAACUAUAGUAAAUUGGAAGGCAGCAUUCAUGCAUAUUGGUCCCUUGUGAUUAUUGUGUACAUAGAAGAGCUUUUUGAGAAGGAAAUGUGUCAUGAUGGCAGCAUCCAUAAUUAAUUGACAUUCCACAGUCCACAGAGAGGUGAUCACAGCCACCAGGUGCCAAAGUAAUAUCCUCUCACUGUUUCUAAAAAUGUAGGUGCUUUCAGGUUGCAAAAAAUGAGCAUCUCCUCACCUUCAGUAGUCCUGAAAUCUCAUUGAAAUUAAUGGUACUUUAAUUUACACUUAAUGUGAUUCUUAAUGGUAUUUGUAAGGCUUGAACUGUCUGGUUGAUAUUCCAAGUGGUCUGAACAACUUUUUUCCCCUUGCAUGACCGAUAGAGUCUCCUCCCACAGAGUUAAGAUUGUGAAGUUUUUUUUAAUGAAAAAUACCCAAGAAUAAUCAGAUUGUUGCACUAUUAUGUGUGCAAUAACCUACAUUAUUUUAAGUUAAGAUACUUCCUUAUACGUAUAGCAAGUUGAUAAUAGUUUUGCUCUACACUUUCAUAUAGACAUACAAAAAGCAUUUGACCAAAAGAGAUGCGAUUUUAUUCUGCAAUAAUUAAGUGGUGAGGAGGGCAGAAGUUCAGUUGGUUCUUACUUGCAUCUGGAUCUCCCAAAUGAAAAUUAGUUGUGCCAGAAAAUUAACAAGGCCUUUUUCAGUCGUCAGGUCUGAUGCAGAGUUACAUCAGAUCAGGCAUUAGGUCUGAUGUACAUUUUCCAGAGGAAAUACAUUUUUCAGAGGAAAGGCUCUUGGAGAAGAACAUCUGCUCAGUUGAACAAUGCUUAUUGCUUAUAAUUGUGUGUGUGUGUGUGUGUGUGUGUGUGUGUGCUGGUUUAUUGUGUGUGGAGGUAGGUAGUAUGUGUGAGUAUGUAAGGGCAAAAAAAAAGUAUGGAGCUCUGCAGGUUUGGGGCCUAAAAAUAUAUUCUGUAGCAUAUUUCUUUUAAGGCCAAAGUAAACAGAAGUGGCCAUUCAAGUUAUUGCCAACCUUCUUUGCUUUCCAGUAGGGUUUCUGAUACCCUCUUUGCUUCUUACAUUACAGACUGGAGAUAGUCUCUUUUUGCAUAAGAUAUUAUUUUCAUAGGUUACUGUAAAUAAUUACGUUUUGGGUUUUUUAAAAUCCUUUGUUCUUGUUAUAGUGGCAGACCCCUCAACACUGAUUUCUGCCUACUUCGCUUUUGCCAAGAAACUGUGGAAAGUGUGUUUAAUAAGUUUCCUUUCAAUUCUGGACUUCAUGUAAGACAUUUAUCAGUACCUGUGGGGGAAAUGUUGUUGCUUAUAUUGUGUGGGUACUGUGUGCAUAUGAAGGCCAGUCUCUCGUGGUCUUCUGUAAAAUAGUAGAAAGAUACCGAUUCAUACCAAUGACAGGCCAACUGAGUGUUAUUGUUCUCUCCAGAUAUUGUUUCAGUAGUAUGUAGCAGACAGCCAAGUAGGGGGUAAAUCCAGUUUUGUAGUCCUACCUACAACAGAACGAUUUAAUUGUUCUUCAAGUUUCCAAGUUCUCAUUGACAAUCUACUUGAGUUGGGACUAGCAAGUGUGCUUAGCCCCCGAUCUUCCAAAAUCAACUGUGGAUGGUAAAAAAAUAAGUUUUCAUAAGGUGCUUUUUACUAUUCUGACAACUAGGCCUAAUAUUUAAUUCCAGACAUGGAAAUAACAUAUGUGGUUAAACCUUCAAUAUGGUAAAUACCAGCUGUCAGUAUUUUAUAUUUUUUAGUAAAAUCACCCCAGGAUAAUGGUACUGUCAGCCAGAUUUACGAGUUCUAGUCCAGUGAAAGUACAGUGGUUGAUCCGGGUGAAUCCUUCACUGCCACUCGCAAACUCAAACAUUGGUUUGGGGGAUCUAAAUUCCCUUUUAUAUCUAGCCUGCAUAAAAGAAGGAUCUGUCUAUCCAUAUAUAUAAGCUUGAUCCUGCUUAAACUCAGUGGCAAGCAGCCAAUAAUUUACAUGGAAGUUUCAGUCCCUAAGUUGGGUAGGCCUGAACAGAAGUCCUCACUAUUCUCCUCCUCCCUAAAAAAGAAAGAAAGAAAAGAACCUACUGUGAGAAUAAAUGGAUACAGCUACUACUGUGAGAAUAGCAACUAGAGUUUAUCUGAAGAUUUUUAUAUAUAUGAUAGGGUGUAUUUUUAUAUAAGAGAAAAGUAUAUAAAACAUACACACACACAUAUCACAUCUCUUGGGAGUUUGUGAUCUAAAACAUAACAUUGCAGUCACAAUCAUUUACAAGACAUGGGGGAAAAGAGCAAAUUCCAGCCAAAAGCUGCUAAAAGAAUAACACGAAAAUGCAAACACAAUGUUAGCCCAGUUAUUUUUCUAGAGUGUUUCUCUGGAAAGAAGUGUAGUAUAGCAAAGUUUGGUUACUGUGACUAUGACAACACUCAAGAGUAAAACCGUCUAAUGCUAUAUUUUAAUUGCUGGCAAAAUGAAAACAACAGCUUUAAGUGCACUUUUUCAAAUUACACUUCCAUUUCUCGUUAGACUUGAAAUUUCUAAAGCGCUUGUGUGUGUGUGUGUACCACUAAUACAGAACUUUAACUUUUGUGUGAAAUUGUAUCUGAGAAAACAACUUUUAGUUGUUACUAAAUAAAUAUACAAGAUACCAUGA